ACAAUACACAGCAACGGCCAACUCUCUUUAACAGAUUUAAACAGUCGAAACUGCCAGAUAGUCGACUUCCCUGACAUUUUUGUGGGUUUAUAUAUAACGUAUGUUGGUGGCAGUCUUCAGGAAGGUCAUCAGUGCGUGAAAGAGGAGGAGAAAGUCAAAAGUAGCUAAUUAUGGGCGGGAGGAGUGACAGCAACAGAGCAGCAACGAGGAACAGGUUUGCGAGAAGAAAAACGUCUGUUUGACUCGGCUAUUUUUCCCUGUUCCACUUCAUUUAUUUCUACUUGGGUCGGAGAAGACACCAGCUACCAGAUAGUUUCCCAUAGAGAUCCUGGGAGUGGACUGGGAAGUGAGACCUCCUUUCACUCGGAGUCCAGAAAAGCUUCAAAGAUCUGUACAACAUGUCUGCUCCUGGCUCCUGUUGAAAGUUGUUUCUGACUUCGAGGUUCGACUACAAAAGUUCAGCCUAUAGAAGGGAGUGGAGUCUUAAAAUAAAAUGGCCCUCUAAAAUGACCCCUAUGUAUUGGUUGACUGUCCCUCCAUUCGAACGAAAACCAGUUUGGUAAGGUUAUCCAGGUGGUCCAAACCAGCCACCCUACCCCAUGACUCAUCCCGGCGGUCACUCAGUCGCCCCAUAUCCCUCCGCUCCAGGAGGGUAUGGCGAUCCCAGUCAGGCCCCUCCUCCGGGCUUCAAUAUGGGCUACAAUUCAGGCCCACCUCCCGUCAUGUUUCAGCCCGGUCAGGUGGGUCCAGGACCUGUUCAAGGACAGGAAUAUGGUGCAGGGAUCACCCCUGCUCCGGUCGGUGCACCUGCUGUCCCUGUCGGUGUUCCACCAGGGCUUGAGUACCUCACACAGAUUGAUCAGAUCCUCAUCCAUCAGAAAGUGGAACUCCUAGAAGCAUUCAUCGGUUUUGAAACCAACAACCAGUACGAGAUUAAAAACAGUCUGGGCCAAAAGAUCUACAAAGCCAAGGAGAAGAACGACUGCUGCACCAGGAACUGCUGCGGCUCUCUGCGCAGCUUCGACAUGAAGAUUAAGGACAACAUGGACAGGGAGGUCAUCCGUCUCAUCCGGCCUUUCCGCUGCGUCUCCUGCUGGUGUCCCUGCUGCCUGCAAGAGAUGGAGGUCCAGGCACCACCAGGCACCACUGUAGGCUACAUCAAACAGGACUGGCACCCUUUCAUUCCAAAGUUUUCCAUCCAGGGGCCCAACAAAGAGACAGUGAUGAAACUGGAAGGGCCCUGCUUUGCCUGCAACUGCUGUGGGGACGUCAACUUUGAGCUGAAGGGUAAAGAUGAUGACACACCCAUUGGUCGCAUCAGCAAACAGUGGAGUGGUCUUUUGAAGGAAGUCUUCACUGACACAGACAACUUUGGCAUCCAGUUCCCGCUGGACAUGGAUGUUAAGAUGAAAGCUGUGCUGAUGGGAGCCUGCUUCCUCAUUGAUUUUAUGUUCUUUGAAAAAGUCGGGGAGGCCAACCAGCGCAGCACGGUGUUCUCUUGAAAACAAGAGGGAAAAACAACAGCAUGAGAGCAUGGACUUUUUCUAGUUAUGCAUUCUUCUAUGACAUAAAAAAGUUUUCUGUAAUCCUUUUUUCUAGCUGAUACGCCGCCAUCAACUUCUUUAUACAGACUGUCGACCGAUAAGAGCUAACAAACUUGUGAUUCGAGAUGUCUGCCAAGGAUGUUUUUUGAAAUCCAUCCAAACUCAGUGACUGACUUUGGCUGUGAAGUUGCCAUUUAAAAACACUCCAUACACUUUGUAGCACUUAUUUUAUUUUGAUUGAGCUUACACACCACUGAGAUUUAAUCUCUGCCAAAGAGAGUCAGACUUCAUAUUGUUUUUCAUUUAUGCACUAGAGUUGAUGUCAGUAUAUGUGUUUUGAUGUGCCUAAAGUAACGCCUGCAUUAACAUUUCAUAUUUAUACACAACUAAUGUUUGUCAGAAUCUUAUUCUUGUGUUCUUUUAAGAAAUCAAAAUAUAUCUUGUGUAACUGCAAUACUGUUGUUGAUAUUGAAGUUAUAGUUAUUGUCUUUUAAUUUAGCGAUGCUAACAGCUAGUGGAAGGCUUUCAUAUUAGGUGUGAAGUAUUUCUAAAACUAUUGGAUGGAUUACCAGAAAUAUGUUGCAGAUAUCCAAGGUGCCUUUAAAGUGAAUCCUGCCAGCUCGUCGGGCCUCCAUUGAGCCUCCAUUUAGGAAACAGGUUUAGUAUUUUGGUUUAUACUCAAACUUUUUACACAGUAACCUCUGCCGCAAUUGUGUGUGCACUAAUAAGCAAAUGUUUGCAUGAAACUUAGCACUCAUUUGGCAAAAUGGGUUUGCGUUGCUGCUGUUGUGGUGUAACAUAUUAACAAGUCAUUGUGAGCAUGUUACCAAGCUAGCUUUACGUGCUAACUGAUAAACAUUGGGCAAGCUAGCUUUUACUUCCAACAAAGUAAAGUUAUUUAGAUUAGUUAACAUAAUUGCUAUGCUACCACAUGUUAGCAUGUCCUUGCCAGCAUGUUAGCAAACUAGCUUUAAAUGCUAGUUGGUAAACUUAUGGUAAGCUUGCAUUUACUUCUAUUACACCAAUAAGACAAGUUAACAUAUCUGCUAUGCUGCCACAUGUUCGCAUGUCAUUGUUAGCAUGUUAGUAAGCUUUAAAUGCUAAUUGGUAGACUUCAAAUAAGCUUGCAUUAAAAACUGAUUAUGACAAUAGGAUUUGUUAACAUACCUUCUAUGCUAUGAAGUGUUGGCAUGACGUAAGCUUGUUAAAAAGCUAGCUUUAAACGCUAAUUGGGAAAUAUUUUGCUAGCCUGCUUUUACUGCUAUUAAGUCAGUAAGAUUAGUUAACAUACCUGCCAUGCUAUUAAGUGUUAGCAUGUCAUUGUGUGCUUGUUAAAAAGCUACCUUUAAACGCUAACUGGGGAAUAACUUGCUAGCUUGCUUUUACUGCUGACCAUUACAUCAAGUCAUUUAGUUAACAUACCUGCUAUGCUACCACAUGUUAGCAUGUUGUUAUUAGCAAGUUAGCAUUCAGUGCUAAUUAGCCAAUACUGGCAAGCUAACUAUUGUGCUAGAAAAUGUUAGCAGCAUGCAAGAAGCUUUACAAGGUUGGUAAAAUUGAUUAACAUGCUCUUUUUAGGUAUUAGAUGUUAGCAUGAUAUGUUAGCAUAUUAAUGUGAACUUGUUAAAGAGCUAGAUUUAAAUGCUAAUAAGGAAACUUUUGGCAAUGUAGCUUUUACUUCUGACUGUAAGAAGAUUACUUAACAUACCUGCAUGCAAUUGUGAGCUUUUUAUCUAGCCAGCAUUCGUACUAAUUAGCAAAUGUUAACAAGCUACCUUUUUAAUUAGCAAUUGUUAAAGCUUUACGAAGUUGGUAAAAUAGUUUGCCGUGCUUUUGGUUUCUGUCAUUGCUGAGCCUUAGAACAGUCUCACAGGGUCAUUAGCUUGACUGUUGACUUCUGUUUAGCAUAAGCUUACAGGCUACCAGAGUAUAGCUUAUAAGGAAGUGAAAGAUGUGUUGGCAAGAGAACAGGGAGAAUGUUUUUUUUUUUUUUUUAAUCUCUGCGCCAUGCUGACACUAGCAAUGUUUACCAAAGCACUCUGCCUCUACCUCUCAGCUGCCUUUCUCUACUUUAAACCCCCCUGUGUCUUUGUGCUGUAGCAUGGACUUGGCUUCAGUGUAAAUGUCCUCAUUCACCCUUUGUGGUUUAGUUGAAUCCAUGGAGACAAACCUCCGCCUUCGUAUAUUCCCCCUGAUACCGCUGGCUUCAUUGAACGUAUGCCAAUGUAAUGACAUAGAAGACAGAGAAUGUGGAUUAAAUGGAAGAAACAGUCAUAAGUAAAGGAACAGAAAAGCAGAAGUUGUGGCCAGUGAACUAUCAUCUGCCCUUAUAGUGGUUGCAAAAUCCCUGAAGUGACUGCUUUAAGGAAACACUUUCUGUAGUAACAGACGCCUGAAUGUAAAGUUGUCCUGCAGGUUUGUCUGUUUUUGCUGAUUUCUUUGGAAUAGAUAUGUGUAAGUUUGCAAAUGUUGCUCAUUGCUGUUCAAUGCAAAUCUCUGCUCUGUAUUUAUUCAUCUGUAUUGUGUUUUAACAUGGGUGUGCCUCCUUUGAGGCUGUAAUGCCACUAGCGCUUCCAAAUCCAAUAUGCAGCGCUAUAUUACACUGUCAGUAACUAAAUGUGUCUUAAUCUAUGUGCAGAAAUACAAACACAUAUCCUAUAUACUACUCUCUGUAUAAUCUGACCUCUUAUAAGGAAAAAAACCAAAGGAUUUACAGGAUAGUAAAUGCAAAUGUUUGGUCAGUUUUAAUAGAAAUUUACUGUUGUUACUUUGUUAAACAGGUUUAAUCUACAGCAAGCAAGAACAUCUUCCUGCAUUUGUCUCUAAACUAUUUUGUAUCAUUUAUUUGUAACUUUUUUUCUUGUGGUUGAGAAGAAUGUUUUUAAAGAAUCAAUCAAAUAUCCUGGAGUUCAUAAAUAAAUUCAAA